AUGGAGGUCUCGAACAAACACCAUCCCGAACGUCUGACGUUCUCGAAUGAUAUCUUCCGUCUGGAGACCUCAGGACCCGACGAGGACCAUCUCAGCGUCAUCGAUGUCCCGGGUAUUUUCAAAAAUAACACGCCGGGAAUAACCACCAAAACCGACAUCAAGAUGGUCAGGGAGAUGGUCCUGGGCUACAUGAAGAACCCGCGCUCCAUUAUGCUGAUGGUUAUCCCCUCCAACGUCGACAUCGCCACGCAGGAGAUCAUCGAAAUGGCCCGCGAGUUGGACCCCGAGGGCGGCCGAACGUUCGGUGUGCUCACCAAGCCGGAUCUGGUGGACCAGGGCGCUGAGGCAAAAGUGAUGGACAUUGUCCUGGGCAGAACGAUGGCAGUACGCCAUGGAUGGGUGGUCAUUCGCAACCUUGGUCAACGCGAGCUUGAGGACGGCCAGGUUGACCGUGACGCCGCGGAGGAGCAGUUCGGACGCGGUGAUCUGUUGAACGCUAUUCUUCUUGAGCGAUUCGGUAUCGGAGCCCUGAGAAGGCGGCUGCAGGAAGUUAUCACGGAAAAUGCGCGCCGCUCCUUUCCUUUGGUUUGUCACCCGGCCCAAAUACAUGAGAUGGAUCACUGA